AUAUGGAAGCAGGUGGGAUCUCUCUGGAAGUUUGGCCCAAAGAGGCAGAAAUACCCCCAAGGAUUCUGGAUGACUCAGAAAGACAGCGGGAAAGCAAAAUGGCGGCAGCCAAAAAGCAGAGAGAUGUCUCCAUCGCCAGCAAAGAUGCCGGCCAGGUGAUCCCAGCCGAGUCACAAACAGCAGGGAAGAGGAGACAGAACGAACGCCACACGUGCGGGAAGAGUUUUUGUUCCAAAUCCCGCCUCAAAGUCCACCAGAGAAUCCACACGGAGAGACGGCCCUAUCAAUGCUGGGAGUGCGGCAAGGGCUUCCGGCAGAGCGGCCACCUGUCCCAACACCAAAGGAUGCACACCGGAGAGAGGCGCUACAAAUGUUUGGAGUGUGGGAAAACUUUUAGCCAGAGCACCUAUUUCAUCUUGCACAAGGUCACCCACACGGGAGAAAAACCUUACGCCUGUCCGGAGUGCGGGAAGAGUUUCAGCCACAGUCGGAAGCUGACCGUACAUCGCGCCAUCCACACGGGCGAGAGGCCGUACCGAUGUCCGGAGUGUGGGCAGAGUUUCAGGCAAAGCACCCACCUGACUUCCCACCAGAGGAUCCACACUGGAGAGAAGCCGUACCGGUGCACCGAGUGCGGGAAGUGCUUCAAUCAAAGCACUCAUUUGACUCUGCAUCGGCGAAUCCACACGGGAGAGAAACCCUACGGGUGUCUUGAAUGCGGGAAGUGUUUCAGCCAGAGCCCGCACUUAAUUUUACACCAGAGAAUCCACUCUGAGGAGAAAAUCUAUAAGUGCUCCGAGUGUGGGAAGGGAUUUCGUCGGAGUGAUCACUUGAUCUCGCAUCGUAGGAGCCACACGGGGGAGAAACCGUAUUGCUGCUCUGAGUGCGGGAAGAGUUUCAGCCGGAGUUCGAUCCUGCAUAAACAUCAGACGAUCCACAAAGAUGGAGAAACAGCCGUCUGAAUUUUUUCUCAGUUCUGAACUCGAUGGGCAGAACUUUUGAGGGUUUUGAAGAUUGCUUGACAGCUUGUGGUCUGGGGCCUAGUUAACCUUUACACCGGGGGGACCUCCAAA